AACACACGUUCGAGCUGGGACAUUCGUGUCGCAGACCGCCGAGGAUGCGCAUAAUCAAAUGCUGGAACUCCAAUCCCAGCCUACCCCAGAGGGUAGUCAGCCACUCUCUGAGGAUGAGAUAUGCGAUCAGGUGUUGAGUAGACGACAAGGCUACUCAAAAGGCCUUGGUUGGGGACCCAAGCCAAAGGCCCGCAGAACGGCAAGUGCAAGCAGUUCGUCGACAUCUUAUUCGCAGUCCACACAAAAAGAGAUUGAAUUACAAGCUAAACUCCAUGAAGCUUUGGAACGGAUUGAAGUACAAGAUAGAAAUCACCAAGCAUUAGCUUCACUAGUGGAAUCUAUGAAAAAGAUGAUUGAAGACCUAACUCGUGCACAACAGGGACCACCACAUGAUCCCUAGCUCUGCGGUACGUCGUAUAUGUCUCUAUUAUUCUUAAGUUUUUGCAAUAUAUGAUUAUGUAUUAAACUUAGUUAUUUUUGUACCAUUUUUAGGAUCGAAGGUGUAGAAUGACGCGCAUACGCACCUCGUUG